AGCCUGGACUCUGCAGCAUCAAGCACUUACACAACACUCUGGGCUUUUCUCAGAGGAAAAAAUUGUUUAUUUUUGUUUUACAGCAGCAGCAUUUUGCAUAUCUCCCACCAGCCGCCGAUAAAAGACUUAUUCGACACUUUUUCACUGUAGUUUUACUUUGGAAAGAGGCUAAACUCAGUAAAAUGAGCAGUGUGAAGAAAGAAACCUGCAGUGGAUCCCCUCAGUGUCCUGAACCGGACGAGUCUGAGGAGCCGACGGGGACCAACAUGGAGACUGGAGGCAGUGAUGAAGUUAAUGUGAAAACCGAGCCGCUCGUGAUCACCAAAGAGAUGGAGGCUGAGGAGCAGCAGCUGAAGGAGGAAGGAGAGCGCAAAGAGAAGGAGAUGAUGGAAGAGGCGCGACUGUCUCGAGAGCGGGACUCCAAUGAGAUGCGAUUCAAACGGCUCCAGCACCUGCUCCAGAAGAGUAACAUCUACUCCAAGUUCCUGCUGACCAAGAUGGAGCAGCAGCAGAACGAGGAAAAACUCCGUAAGGAGAGACUUGAGAAGAAGACGAAGAAGAACUCCACUGCCGCUGAUUCUGAUAAAGAUAAAAGGAAGCGUCGAAGGGAUGAGGAUUACAAAAUCGCUGAUGUUAUGUCAAAAGAGGACAUAAUGUCACAGUCAAAAAAAGCUAAAGUGGAAAAGGACGACACAGCUGAGCAGAAGUCCCUGGACACUGAAGACCUUGAGAACAUGAGUGAGUCCAAUGAGUCCAUAAAGAGCCGGCUCUCUGCGACUGUGCGGGACAAGGCCAAACGGCUCCUGGACCCCAGCCGCAAGGUGAACGGCGAGCCCGUCCCGUUCCAGCAGCCCGCCCUCUUCACCGGCGGAGUCAUGAGGUGGUACCAGAUCGAAGGCAUCGAGUGGCUAAGGAUGCUGUGGGAAAACGGGAUUAACGGGAUUCUGGCCGAUGAAAUGGGUCUGGGCAAAACCAUCCAGUGCAUCGCUCACAUCGCCAUGAUGAUCGAGAAGAAAGUUCUGGGGCCGUUCCUGGUGGUGGCGCCGUUGUCCACUCUGCCCAACUGGAUCAGCGAGUUCAAGCGCUUCACUCCUCAGGUGUCAGUGGUUUUGUACCACGGGCCUCAGGCUGAAAGAGCAAAACGACUGAAACAAAUCCGCCGCCCUCACGAGCCUCUGGGCAUGUGCCCCGUGGUCGUCACCUCGUUUGAGAUCGCCAUGAUCGACAGGAAGUACCUCCAGCGUUUCCAGUGGAAGUAUCUGAUUGUGGACGAGGGUCAUCGCAUCAAGAACCUGAACUGUCGACUGGUCCGAGAGCUGAAGAUGAUGCCCACGGACAACAAACUGCUGCUGACGGGAACGCCGCUGCAGAACAACCUGGCCGAGCUCUGGUCUCUGCUCAACUUCCUGCUGCCGGAGGUUUUUGACGAUCUGAAGAGUUUCGAGUCCUGGUUCGACGUGGACUCUCUGGGCGUGGCCGAGAGUCUGGUGGCGUCUGAACGAGAACACAACAUCCUCAGCAUGUUACACCAGAUUCUGACCCCGUUCCUUCUGAGGAGACUGAAGUCAGAUGUGACUCUGGAGGUUCCUCCUAAGAAGGAGAUCGUGGUUUAUGCUCCUCUGACGCCCAAACAGGAGCUGCUCUACACGGCUAUCGUCAACAACACCAUCGCCAAGAUGCUGGGACGAGAGAAGACUGAAGCUCCAGUGGAGUUAAACUCUGAUGGUCGGCCAAAGCGACGAUCACGAAGGACUGUGGACUACAGUGAAAUGGACGAAGAUCUGGACAAAUACCUGGAGAAGCUGCAGAAGGAGCAGGAGCAGAGUCUUGCGGCCUCGUCCUCUUCGGUGGUGGACGUCCAUUCCCCUCUGGACGCAGAGAUCAACCUGAAGCUGCGUAACAUCCUGAUGCUGCUGAAGAAGUGCUGUAACCACCCGUACCUCCUGGAGUACCCCCUGGACCCCACCACACAGGAGUUUAAGAUCGAUGAGCAGCUGGUCCGGACCUCGGGCAAGUUUCUGAUCCUGGACCGACUCCUGCCCGCGCUGAAAAAGAGAGGCCACAAGGUGUUGAUCUUCAGUCAGAUGACGUCCAUCUUGGAUCUGCUGGUGGACUACUGCUACUUAAGAGACUUUGAGUACAGCCGCCUGGACGGGAGCAUGACCUACGCCGACCGAGAGGACAAUAUCAAUAAGUUCUUCAAAGAUCCAGAGGUGUUUGUUUUCCUGCUCAGCACCAGAGCUGGAGGUCUGGGCAUCAACCUGACCGCAGCCGACACCGUCAUCAUCUUCGACAGCGACUGGAAUCCUCAGGCGGACAUCCAGGCUCAGGACCGCUGCCACCGCAUCGGCCAGACCAAACCUGUGGUGGUUUACCGCUUUGUCACGGCCAACACCAUCGACCAGAAGAUUUAUGAACGAGCCUCCGCCAAGAGGAAACUGGAGCAGAUGGUCAUCCACAAGAAUAAGUUUAAAGGAGCAAAGACUGAGCUGAGCCAAGGAAAGAGCUGCAUCGACCUGGACGAGCUGAUGGAGCUGCUGAAGGGGCGGAGCGACGAAAAGCAGGUGAAGACGUCGAGAGGAAAAGUUCUCAGCGAUAAGGACCUGGAGGUGCUGCUGGACCGCUCUGACCUGCUGGAUCAGGGGAGACGUCGGGUGAAGCAGGAGAAGGCGGGUGUGUUCAGGCUGGUGGAGGACGAGGGGUCAGAGGUCGUCCUGUCCUGAACUCCCCAGUGUCUCUGGAGAUGAGCCUUAAACUACUGUUCCUCAAACUGACCGCCGCCCUACACUGACCGCCGCCCCCGCCCUGCUGCUCUUCUGGAUGUUUGUUUAAACCACUAAAGACUGGACUGAGACUUGAACAUCUUUAAUGUGUCGGCCAUUUUAAAUAAGAUUCUGUGUCAAAGUCAAACUGACAGUGUAAAGUUUUGAGACUCGAGCGUCUGCAGCAGAAGAAACAUCAGCCCGUUAUUGUACUGUAACCUGCACCGUCAGGUGUGUGUGUCUCUGUGUGUCUCUGUGUGUCUCUGUGUGUCUCUGUGUGUCUCUGUGUGUCUCUGUGUGUCUCUGUGUGUCUCUGUGUGUCUCUGUGUGUGUCUGUGUGUGUCUGUGUGUGUGUCGUCUCUUCUCUCUCUCUCGUGGCAGAUUUCUAAGAAACAUCAGUGUGAUCCUGAGCUGAUCCUGAGCUGAUCCUCACUUGUGUGACCACGUUCUGUUCUGUUUAGUUUUAUAAAACAUGUUCUGCUUAAAAUCCAUGUAGAUGCACUUGUACAAGCACAUAUUUGUACACAUACAUGUACUUGUGCACACAUUUGUACUUGUGCACACAUUUGUACUUGUGCACACAUUUGUACUUGUGCACACAUUUGUACUUGUGCACACAUUUGUACUUGUGCACACAUUUGUACUUGUGCAGGUUUAACUGGGACCAAGAGAAACUGAUUUUGUUUAUCAUUUUUUAAUAAAAAUCCCAAUAAUC